AUGAACGCCAUUGAGUACGUUCUGUUCGGUGUUGUGGUUGUGGGAAAUCUUUCCGUGGGUCUUUACUUCUCCCUACACAAGCAUGGACGAAACGCUGGUCCAACUUCCGCUGCGCUGGAAGUGUUCCUCGGAAGCCGGACGCUCACGAUGCUUCCUCCGGCCGCUUCCACGGUGGCGUCGAUCCUUUCGUCAACGGGACUCGUUGCCAUACCUGCCCACUAUUACGCCUACGGCUGGCACCUAAUGUGGGCGGGAAUAAUGCCGCUAUUUCUUCUCCCACUCGCUACGCACGUGUUUGUACCUGUGAUCUACAAACUCGGGGUGACAUCGAUCUUCGAGUACAUCCGUUUGCGAUUCAACAGUGCAAUAUCUGUCAGCGCAUGCGCCAUUUACCUCAUUUUGACGCAAAGUGUCGGCGCUAUCGUUAUAUUCGCAGCAUCUUUGGCAGUCCAAACAGUGUUUCAUACGCCUCUCCUGUGGUGCAACAUAGCAAUUGGAUUAUCAGGAACAGUCUACACAGCACUGGGUGGACUACGAGGUGUGGUUUGGACUGACUGUGUUCAGUUCUUUAUAAUACUUUGUGCCCCCGCUACCAUCGUGGCUAAAGUUAUGUACGACUCCAUGUCACCUAUCUCCGUGGUGCAUCCACCAAAUGACCUGGACAUCUCCAAUUACAUUGCAAGAUUCAACUUGAAUUUUACCAGCGAUGAAAACGUAUGGAGUGGCCUCUUCGGUGGAGUCGCCCCAAGAAUAUACCGCCUGUGCUUUGACCAAGUUGUUGCGCAAAGAAUGAUAGCAUCCAAGACACUCAAAGACGCCCAAAGGACUGCAAUUACGAGUUCUAUCCUUUCUAUUUUCGCCUAUGGAUCAUUGCUUUCAAUGGGCGUGGCACUGACCAUAUGGUUUCGAGGCUGCGAUCCUUUAUUAUCUGGUGUGAUUAAUCGUGUUGACCAGGUCUUGCCGUACUACAUCAACACCCGUUUAGUGCAAGUUCCUGGAUUCGUUGGACUGUUUCUUGCGGGUGUCGUCUGUGCUGCAACAAGUACGACGUCGUCUAUGAUUAAUUCGCAAGCAGCUAUUCUGUACGUGGACGUCAUCUCUCCUCGAUGGAAGAAUGCUAACCAGCACGUUCUCUGCAUCACACGUUGCACAGCACUAGGCUUAGGCAUAAUCAUGACAGUGUACAGCACUGUAUGCGUAUACAUGGGAUCUUUGAGCCGGGUAUUUCUAAUGGUAUACUCAGGUCUGACUUCUCCUUUCGUUGGUUUGUGUCUCCUGGCUAUGCUAUUCCCCUUUGUGCACUCGAAGGGUGCAGCUGUAGCUACUAUUGUCACGGUGGUAUUUCAGUUAUGGCACAUCACGAAAGCAAUCCAGAUGGGCGCGGCACCCCCCAGAAUGCCAGUUUCCCUGGAUUACUGCCCUGGAAACGUUACGUUGCACACAGCAGUUUUGGACACAUUUGAGGGUAACCGGUCUUACGUAGCAGCAGG